AUGGCCCAGCAGAAUCACCUGUCAGAUGGACCAAGCCAUCUCGGCGUGGCCCCGAAACCUGUCGAGGUGACAUCUGUUCCGGAGACGCCUGUCAAUGGCGCCCAGACUCCCGUCGGAGGAACACCCCGGCCUGAGCUCAAGAUCACUGAGGACGAGCCUGAGAAAAAGGAAACCCCGAAGGAAGCGCCGGUGAUUCUUGGGCCCAGUACCGAGAAGAAACCCUCGGCCCCAGAACCGGUGUCGGACGUAGGCGGCCCGGAUCAUUCAUCAUCAAAGCCAACGGCUGGCGCAACAGAGAUGGGCGACUCAACGCCCGUGGGCGAGAAGCGCAAAGUUGAGGAAGAGACGAAGCCUGCGACCAAGGACGAGCCUGAGGAACAGGCCAAAGCAUCCUCAGAACACAACGAGGAGAGGCCUGAGAAGAAGGCCAAAGUGACGGAUAAGAUCGUCGACGCAGUGGAAGAUCUCAAGGAGAAGGUUGAAUCCAAACUUCAGACCAACGGGAAGAAAAAGCCUGGCAGGCCAAAGAAGGAUAAGAGUGCACCGCCGGCAGUUGGCAAGACGCAGCGCAAGACGCGCAGUCAAGGCCCCAUCGAGUAG